AUGGACAAAUCUUACUACAUAGAAUGUGACUCGGCAACACUAGUUCCCCGCUUGAACCAAACUUUCAGCUUGGUGAUUCGUGAAGGAUUAACUCGGUUUUUAGAAGUUAUAGAGAUAAAACUAGAUGGCCAUCUAAUAGUUAAUCUCCCUAUAGCUCAUGCUUGCUACAACAAGUCAGGGGGGUUACUUUAUGGUUCAGAAGUAUCAUAUCAUGUGCUCAGGUUCCCAUUCUCAAGCACACUAAACAACUUUGUCGGGGUAGGAAGAGACGUUAAAACGGGUGUCAAACUUACAGAGCCUGUUGUGACUACAUCGUGUCUAACAAACUUUUUGAAAAUAAGAAAUGCUAAAAAUGGGUCAUGCCUAGGCUUUGGUUGUUGCAAAACCGGCAUUCCAGCUCCAAACAUCACAUAUGCAAAAGUUUUUGUCAAACCCACCAAAAACAGCAAAAAACCACGAGAUUAUAAAAUGUGUGGUUAUGCUUUCAUUGUGGAUAGAGAUAAGUAUAACUUCAACAAUGGCAAUUAUAGCACUUUAAGCACCAACAAGUCCUUCCCAGCGUUUCUUGAGUGGUCUAUUGCAAAUAUAACAUGUGAAGAAGCUCAAAAGGACAAAGUAGCAUAUAUGUGUCAAGACAACAGUGUAUGCGUAAAUGGAGAAGAUAAAUUUCUUGGAUAUCGCUGCAAUUGCUCACCGGGAUUCAGCGGAAACCCAUACAUCAAGGGUGGAUGUCAAGAUGUCAAUGAGUGUGAGUCUCAGGAUCAUAAUGAUUGCUUGCUUGGACAUUGUAAGAACACAUAUGGGGGUUUUUAUUGUGUUUGCCCAGAUGGGUACCACGGUAAUGCCAAAAGAGGUGGACAGUGUACAAAAGAAAAAUCAGAUAUUGGAUCAGUCAUUAAAGGUAUUAGUGAAGGUGUUGCAGGUGCAACUUUGACAAUGAUUUUUGUGUUCUGGGGAGUCAAGCAUAGGAGAAAAAUCGAGGUUAGAAAGGACUUAUUCAAGCAAAAUGGUGGUAUCAUGUUACAGAAAAUGUUAUUUACAAGCAAAGAUACUGCCAACCAAGCGACCAUAUUCACAGAAGAAGAGUUGAAGAAAGCAACAGACAACUUCAAUGAUGCCAACAUUAUAGGGCAAGGCGGUUAUGGUACUAUUUACAAAGGAUAUUUAACAGACAAGACAAUUGUAGCUAUCAAGAAGUCUAAAGUAAUUGACCAAAGGCAAGUGAAGCAGUUUGUGAAUGAGGUGAUCAUUCUAUCAAAAAUCAAUCAUCCAAAUAUUGUAAAACUCCUUGGAUGUUGCCUAGAAACACAUGUCCCCUUGCUUGUGUAUGAAUAUGUAACCAAUAACACCUUAUGCCACCACAUACAUACAAAUCCUAUGUUGACAUUAGAGAAACGGCUAAAAAUAUCUGAAGACACUGCUGAAGCUCUUUCCUACAUGCAUUCAACCUUACAGAUUAUCCAUAGAGAUGUGAAGCCGUCGAACAUAUUGAUGAGUGAUGAUUUCACUGCAAAAGUUUCUGAUUUUGGGAUAUCAACAUUUGUUCCUCCUGGUAAAACCCAUCUAUCAACAUUUGUAAAAGGAACCGUGGGCUAUGUGGAUCCUGAAUACUUUCGAACCUGUAAAUUAACCGAGAAGAGUGAUGUUUAUAGUUUUGGAGUUGUUCUUGUAGAGUUACUUACCAGAACAGAUAUUCGUUCUUUAGAGAUACCGCUAACAAUCUAUGCUGGUGCAGCAGCAUACUUUGCUUCGCUACUGGAACAAAAUGCAUUAGUUCAAGUUCUUGAUGAUCAACUGAAAAGAGACGAGUAUACUGAGGUGGUGAAAUCUCUUGCCAAGUUAGCAAUUAGCUGCCUUGACCUUGAAUGGAAGACAAGGCCCACAAUGGAAGAAAUAAAACAAGAGUUGAAAGAACUAAGAUAUCUUCUGUUGUCCAUGGAAGCUGAUUGUAUAUAG